CCGGCUGGCACUGACAAACACAGCAGUGCGUGUGCGUGUGUAUUUUUGUGGUGCAUUGGGGCGGAGCGCAAAUUCGUGAACGUCUCAUUAAAAUCGCCAUGUCCAACAUUGAUAUCGUCCAGCCGUUGUGGGAUCUGAGCACCUUUACUGGACGGUUGAAGCACUACUUCUGGAUAACUGACCCGCGCACAUGUUUUGCCACCGAUGAUGAGCUAGAUCGCGCAAAAGAGUUGUAUUUAACUGUAAAGGCCGGCACAAUACCUCAAAAUACAACGAUCGAUCAAAUACAUUAUGCAAAAAAGCUGUACGAAAGCGCUUUCCAUCCGGAUAGUGGCGAAAAGCAAAAUGUGUUCGGACGGAUGAGCUUUCAGAUGCCGGGGGGUAUGGCCAUAACUGGGGCUAUGUUGCAGUGGUACAAAACGACUACUGGAGUAGUUUUCUGGCAAUGGGUUAAUCAAUCCUUUAAUGCGCUGGUCAACUACACAAACCGUAACGCAAACUCGUCCCUCUCAACCACGCAACUGGCGGUGGCGUACGUUUCGGCCACAACAUCCGCCCUUGUGGCCGCGGUUGGAUACAAAGCGUAUCUGCAAAAACGAGCCACUCCACUGUUCCAGCGUUACGUUCCAUUUGUGGCGGUAGCGGCGGCCAACUGUAUCAACAUACCUCUCAUGCGGCAGAACGAACUUAUAUACGGAAUUGGCAUCGAGGAUGAGAAUGGUAAUGUGGUGGGUUCGAGCCGGUUGGCCGCUGGUAAAGGCAUUGCACAGGUGAUAUUUUCUCGCAUUGCCAUGUGCGCACCAGGGAUGUUGAUUUUGCCCGUGAUCAUGGAACGAUUGGAGCAAUACCAAUCAUUCCGUCGUAUCGCUAUUCUUCACGCACCAUUCCAGGUUUUGGUCGUUGGUUGUUUCUUAACGGUAAUGGUUCCGACGGCAUGUGCAUUGUUCCCGCAAAAGGCUGAGCUGAGCACGAGCGUGAUGAAGUUGGUCGAGCCAAAGUUUUACGAGGAAAUGUGCAAGAAAACCGAUCGCAUACCUGAGCUUGUGUACUUUAACAAGGGACUGUAAGCAGCACAUUUGCCAUCCCGCCGGUCGCUACUAGUCAAUGCAAGAAGACAAGAAGAUUUGUUUUACACUCACGUGUCCGCAACUAGUCGGCCUCUCGAAUGCAUCCAAUGCAGUGCAGGAUACAAUAAAGUAAUCGUCACCUGGUAGAUCGUUGAAUUUGAUUGCUGUUGCUCUAUUAUUUACGAU